AAUUCAAUGAUUAUGUUUGGGGGCGUGGAAUUUGAAAUGAAAAUGAAACCGAUGAUAGCAUAUUAGCACUCAAACAAAUCAAAGGACUUAAAGGGAAGUUUGAAGAUUCGAUCUUCUUCAUAUGCCGAUUGGACUAUUCCAUUUUUAACGCCUGAGGUGGGGAAAGGUGUUGAGGGGAAGCAAGAAAAAAGGUGCAUCGGAAAGAUGGCGGUUCGAUGAUUAGUUAUGUGUGAUUGCAAAUUUGCAAAUUGUUUAUAAACAAAUAAUAUUGACAUUCUGCAUUUCCCUACAAUCCUUAUUAUCGUUGUUUACACCUUCCCAUUCAUGGAUUUCGAUGUUUUAAGUGCGAAAAGUGCGUGAAAACUUGAUAAAUUUGACAUUAAUCGUAGAGGUUAUGUUUGGAUAUAAGUUUUUGUUCGUUUGUUUCAGGAAUUACAUGGAUAUAUCUUCAAAUUCGUAGUAAAUAACUGCAAUACUUUUCAAUGAAAACUAAGGAAGAAAAAGUUUUUGAGAGAUUUUCCAUUCAACGACGUUUGGAAUUCCAUAAAAACAUGGCUACAUUUUACUCUUGGAUAUAAUGCUUUCUUCAUUGGUAGUGUUCUUCGAUUUUUUCAACGAAAAAAUGGCCUUAUUCGAAUUUGGAUGAGUGUUUACAGUGUUGCAACGGACCCUUUGAAAAUUUCCUUAAGUUUUAAAUAUGCCUAAACAAAGACAGUAUCGGUUUAUCCGAUAACUCAUACAAAGAACAUUCCGUGUAAAAAUAAUUUAUAUAAGUGAAGUUGAGUUCUGAAAUGUUGUAUUUGGAUAAAAAUUAAUUGUGAGUGGAUUGUAAUUAAUCCUACAAGUGUGUAUUGGAAACAUGUCUCAGACUCCCUUGAAGCCUGGUCAAAAGAUGUGUAAGUCCCCGAAGAAUUCUACUAAUUUCCAUAAUAUCAAGCAUGAUAAAAUCGACUACGAAUGUUUGAGUACAAAUUGCACCGUAGUUGGCUCUAAUAACUUGAAUUUAGUGAAGAAACCCCAGAUCGUUACCAGUAUGUCACCAGCAUAUUCCAAUACAAAUUCAAGCCCAGUAUAUCCUGCUUCCCCUUACUCUUCACCUGCUAGUUUGAAGUCACCGUCGCCUAGUUUGAAGCCACCUACGCCGCAACCCCAAACAUUUCCUGUGAUGCAGAUUAUCCAUAAUAAUCACCAACUACUGGCAAGACCUAUACAGCAGCAGCAACAAAACAUUAUAAAACUCAAGCCACAUCUGAAUAUUUUACCUAAACCUAGUGGAAGUCCACAGCAGAGUCCUAAGGCCAGUGUCAGUCCUCAAAUUAUGAUACCAACAAAUACUCACCAACAAGCAACCUUAAUGCAAUCUGCACAACCCUUGUUGCUCAACCAGAUGCCCAUGCUAGCUGCCACACCAGGAGUACAGUUUAUUUUGAAACCACAAUCUGGGCAUAAGAUGCAAACUGCAACACCACAAGGUUUGAUUCUUCAGCAAGGGAGUCAGCAAAUAAUCCAACUUCAACAACCUAGGUCUCAACCUAUGGUUAGGGUACUUACCAAUAGUGUUCAGCUAGCCCCAAGUAACUCAGGUCCAACCUAUGUACAGAUGAGCAAUAUUCCUAUGAACAAUUCGACCACUUUAUCUGCGCAAGGAUCUCAGCAGCAAGCGCAGAAUCAGAUCAAGAGGAAGCCAAAGGCUAAGGUUAAAAAAAGGUUGGAUUUAGCCAAUUUGAUGAAAUUAUCUGGAAUUGGUGACGAGGAUGAUAUACAAUUCGAAAGUGACACUUCGCAGAGUGAAAGUGAGCACAAUACUGGAUCUACAACGCCUCAACCUCAACAAAUACAGAUGCAGGCAAGCACAAUACAAGCGAACACUCUGCAGGCACAAAAUAUCAUCCACCAGACAGAAGGGAAGAAAAUGGGGGGUUUACAAAUUCAAGGACUUACUCAACCAACAAUUAACGCGGCAGCUACACCUGUAGUACAGGUUCUCAAUCAAAAUUUCCAAAGUGGAAUGAUCUCAAAUAAUACCUCCCAAUCUUCUGGACAUUUCAGUCCCUUCAUAACCCCCAAUUUUACUUUUAACAAUGGCUUGAUGGUGCAGAGGAGCAGUGGCGGUUUUAAGUUGGCCAUGGGCGAAGAUGGCCGAUUUGUUCUUCAGCAUGAUCCUACAAUGAACCAUGAUCUUCAGUCUCAGCUCAUUCUUCAAGGAAUCAUAGGAUUAAAUGGAGGACUCGUACUUCAACCUUCCAUCGACCAACAGACUGUUCAGCAAACUGUUCAGACAAUCCAACAGCAGAGUGUGCAGACUAUUCAGCAACAAACAGUCCAAAGCCAAACAAUCCAAACAGUCCAACAACAGACUGUUCAACCUCAAGCAGUUCAACAUUCAAUACAAGCGCUGCAGCCUCAGAUACAACAGCAAACAGUCCAGCAGACCAUACAGCAUCAGACUGUUCAAAGUCAGCCUAUUACUGCAAUACAACAACCGAUGCAAAUUGUACAACCUCAACCGAUCCAUAGCAUGUCUUCUCAAGUUCAACCUGCUGUUCAUUCCAUUCAAUCUCACGUUCAUAGUUUACAGUCGCAAUUGCAGGGACAGAUUCAUAAUUUGCUGCAACAGCAACAACAAAAUCAUACAAUUCAAAACCAUCAACCACAGAGUAUCCAAAAUGUCCAAACAACUCAUCAGCCCAUUCAGACGUUGACUUCAUUACCGCAGCAAUCGCCGGUUCAGAAUGUCCAACAUAGUGUUCAUUCUCACCAGACUCAUUCACAGCCAGUAUUGAAAGUGCAGCCAUUUCAAAAAUCCCAAUUGCCUGUGCAAACGGUUCAUCCUCAGCCUGUUCAACCUCAACCUAUCCAGGCCGUUCAACCUAUGCAGACUUUGAAUUCCCAGCAGAUGCAUUCACAAUUACCUAUUCAGUCAGUGCAUCAGAAUCAACAGAAUAUGGAAGGUAGUGGUAAUCAGCAGCAACCGACUUCUUAUGUUGUGAACUUAACACCUGAUCAAUUAGAACAACUGAAGAGGAAUGGUCAGUUAACUGUUAAUGGGCAGACCAUUUUCAUGCCGAGGUCGAACCAAAUGAAUAAACAAAAUGAUAAUAAUUUCAUUCCUGAGAAGAAAUUGUCACCAAAGAUUAAGCCGGUGAAAAAAGUACACAAAAUUCAAGCUGUUAAAAGUCUGUCUCAAGAAAAUAUUGAAUCUGUUAAACCUGUAAUUACCAUUAACCAUCAGGUACAUAAAGAGGUUAAAAGCUCUCUGCAUAGUCCACCUAAGAAUAUAAUCCAAGCUCAACCAGUUCAACCCCAGCCUAUUCAGCCUCAGAAGCCUUCACAACCUUCUGCUAUGGUGCAACCUCAACCAAUGGUACAAACUCCUCAGAAAUCAAUGGAGAAGAAUAAAACACAAAAUCAGCACAAAGUAAUGCCUAAUACUCAAAAUAAUGAAUCCAACAGUAAUCAAGAGGUUGAUAAGCUUCUUGGUCAACUUUUGGAAGAAAGCAAUAAUAUCAAUAUCGUAACUAAUAAUGUUCCGCCCCCCAAUGUUCAACAUCAGAGGAUACAUACAAUACAGUUGACUCCCCAAAAGCAGCAGCUACUGAAGAAAAUCCAGAUGGAAAUACAAGCUUUAUCUUCUAGUCAAUUAUCAUCUAGCAGCAAUAAUGAAAUUCAGAAGGCCCUGAAGAGUUUGUUUACAGAACAGCAGAAGAUAUUAGCUACUGGCAAACUUUUACCUCCUGAUAAGGUGUAUUAUCACAACAACCAUUUGACGAUAAUUAAUCCGUCCAGUAUGAAUUCUCCUCCCCCAACUAGUACCCCAGUUAAGAUUGAGCCUCCUAGUCCUAGUCCUGUUCAAACAAUACCGCAGCACAGCAAUAAUAAUGUUAGAAGAAACGCCACAGAACCAGUGCCAACAUAUCAGCAGCAGAAUCCGACCUCAGAAGCCUUACCAAGCCCUAGGAUGUCGAAUUCGAUUCCUUCAACUGAGAAUGUGCACCAGCAACAACAAUCCAAUUCCAAUUUGGCACAGAACCCAUUGCAACACACCCACCAACCUCAUGGUACUAUUCAACAACAGAAUGUUUCAAAUCAACUACACCAACAUCACAGCAAUCAUUCAGUAACUCCUAAAACCAAUAAUGUCAGUGUCUCCACAAGUAUGCCUCCACCAAUGCAGUUAUCUCCUCAACAGCAGUAUAAUUCCAUAGUAAAGAAAGCACAACUUAUUGAAGCUCAACUAACUCAAGAUCAAGCAGGUGCUGUCAAACCAGAUGUACAAACUCCAUUCAAAGAUAAGAAAGAUGCUUGCAUUAGAUUAAUAAGAUACCACUGUAUGGACCAGCCCGUCUUAUCCCAAAAAGAUCUAAAUAAAGCUGAUGAAAUAUUUGAGCACACUGCAAAACACUUCAUUGCCAAGUUUGAUAAAAUGCAGGACAAGUACAAAUAUCUUCUCAUGAAAGAAAGCCAGAGACAAGUUCGAACAUCUGAGCUGAUGAUGUUGGAUAGAUUAUUUCUUGCUGAUGAACAACAAUCCCUGAUGCAACUUCGACAAGAAGCUGAGGAAGCGCAAUUUCUAGAUCUCAAUAUGAUGCAAGAGAUAGAACCGUCUCAGUCUCAUCAGGCAAUGAGAUUUCAGCAGCACAUUCCGCAAAGCCACAACAAUCAACAGAACCAAAGUUCUCAUAGUCAACAUCAGUAUGGCCAAGGGCACCAUCAGAUAAGUCACAACCAACAUUUGCCGGUUCAGGGAUAUCCUUUAGGUAGGAUUUCUGGUUCGCAGCAAAACUCUCAAAGCAACAACUAUGAUCAGACUGGUCAGGGUCCGAAUAGGGGAGGGCAUCAUGUAAACCCGGGUCAUCAGAAUGUUCAAGCUCACACUCAGCUAAGCCAGAGUCACCAUUCAGCUCAUAAUCACCAACAAUCCAACCAAAAUCAUAAUCAAUCUGGUGACAAUCUCAAUCAGAGCAGUUCUGUAUCCUACCAAUCUAAUCAUUCAUCGCUUCAGUCUGCUCAAAGCCAGAUGCAAUCUAGCCAGAGUGAGCUGCAAAUGACUUCUAGUCAUCAUUCAAACAUACAAAAUCAGGUGAAUCAUUUGAAUAAUGAGGAGUAUGAUGAGUGGACCAGUAUACAACGUGAGCUUGGUUGUCUACCUGGCGAAGACAACAAGCAUAGUUUUGUGGAGCAGAUUGUCAACGAAAAUGCCAACAACAACGCUCAUUUAACCGCCAAACGUUCGGCCAGUAGCGAUUCGCGCCUAGAGACUCUCAAGAGGUUUAGAGUUGAUAAACAUCAUAAAAAGGCAACAGAUAGUGUACAUAAUAGUGUUAAUAAUGUUGUACAAAGUGUUAGUAAUAGUUUACCGCAAAAUACUCAUUUGACAAUGACUGGGCAGUCGUGUAUGACGAAUCGUUAUCAAAAUACCUUUGAAGGUCAGGGUCAGCACAUGUAUAACUGUUUAGAGACCGAGGAUGGUAUUGAGGGUAAGAGUUUGGAUGAACAAGUGCAGUCUGCCAUUGAUUCAAUAUUGAAUUUGCAGCAAAAUACCGCAUUAGAUCUUGAUAGCAUACUGUCAUGACGAUAUGUAUAAUAUGUCAGAUCCUUACUUUACAGAAAUGUGAUCUUGAAAUCUUAUUAUAGGUAGGCCAGUUGUUAUGACAACUUGUUUUUCAAUACAGUGUGAAUGAGUAUUAAGACUUCAAGUAUUCUUUAUUUUGGUUGUCUUAAAUUUUCUUCACAAAUUCUAAAAUCUAGCACAGUUUUGUCCUAUUGUUCAUUUAUGUUAUUGUUCUAUUUUAUUAUUUAAUAUCCCAUCUUUUGUUAGUAAAAGAACUACAAUCCUAACAAAUGAAAACUUUGUAUAUCUAAAGAACACAAACUGAAAUAGAUUUUGUUUUACCUAAUAAGUUGAUGCCUUAUACAGGUUGUAUGAUGAGAUCUACAGAGGAUUUUUCCUAAAUGCUGCAGAUCUCACCAUUGGACAUAGAAUUUGAACCACCCUUCACUGAUAUUUCUUUGUUAUUUGUAAUGACUGAUUUGAUUAUAAAAUUCCCUAUUUUCAAGUUCAAAUUGCAAAAUAGCAUUUUUACAUUCUUAACAACUGGCCUACAUUUUGUACUCUAAUUGAAUCUGAGAUUUAAUUUAUUUUUUCUGUAAUAAUUAACUGUCUGCUCAAAAAUCCUGAAAUAAAUGGAAAUCAGUAUAAUCGGACCCGGUUUCCAAUUUAUGAAAUAUUGUAUAUUUUUUUGCAAAAAAAAAUUAUUCAGUAGUUUUUUUUUCGGUUAGACCAGUAUGCCAAAUGAAGAAAAAUUCGAGAAAUCUCUUAAUUCAUUAACACAAUUUUAAUGUUGUUGCUUGGAAUUACACUUUUUUCAAGAAUUGAUAUCAAUAUUAUUAAGGGAAAUUUUUAGUAUCAUUUUUAAAUGUGCGACUUUCCCAGUAUUAAUUUCCAUAAAAUAUGUCAAGAAUUCUUAAGUAAAUUUUAAUUUCGAAUAAUUUUUUAUUUGAGUGUAAAUUCUGUAUAAAUCAAAAUGAAGAAGUCUGAAAUCAACAGAGCCUUAAAAUUUAAUUUACACCACAAAAUAAUUUUCUAAUGUAAGAAUACACUUGAAGGUAUUUUAAAAUUUAGUGUUUUUACCAAUAUUAUUACCAGUAGAAUUCUAAAUUGAAUAUUUUUUUGAUAAUUGUUUUUCAGAAUAUAGAAAUUUUAUUUGUAUAUUGCUACUUUUGUGAUCUUAUUUAUUUUUUUCAAUUUUCAUAUCGAUUUUUGUGUGAAUUUAUUGGAUUGGAGAUCUCUAGUUUCAUUUGUGAUUAUUUUGAAAUGUUAGAAUUCUGAUUAUACUGGGCUCCUUUGCUUUUUAACAGUGUUAAUAUGUCAUUUGGUUUUUAGAGCUAAAAAUUUAAGAGAUGAAGUACAUUAGGUACAGAGAAUGGUAAAGUGAAUUUAUAAAUUAUUGAAUUUUUGUCAUUGUUAUUCGAUAGAUACCAAGUUUUACAGACACAUGUAUAUAAAGCCACUUUUGAUGACACUGUAAAAAGCCUCUGUUGUAAAUAUUUUAUUUAUGUACUUAGAUUAUUAUAAUUUUCUGAGGUAUAAUUAUUAUUAUUAAGACUGACUCAGAAAUUUUGGUUCCUACCAGGAAAGUAUUUGAAAAGAAUAAAAAGUCAUUAUUCAAC